CGUGCGGCGGCGGCCGGGGGCAGACCGGACAGCCGGCAAUUUUCUGGACGUAUAAACAAUGGCUCACGACCAUCUCCCAGUACGACAAGGAGAUCGGGCAGUGGAACAAAUUCCGAGACGAAGUAGAGGAUGAUUAUUUUCGUACAUGGAGUCCGGGUAAACCAUUUGAUCAAGCUUUAGAUCCGGCUAAAGAUCCAUGUUUGAAGAUGAAAUGUAGUCGCCAUAAAGUCUGUGUUGCACAGGAUCAACAAACUGCUGUUUGCAUUAGUCACCGAAGGCUUACGCACAGUAUGAAAGAGGCUGGUUUAGGCCAUAAACAGUGGAGGGGUGGUCCCAUUUCAUCAAACUGCAAGCAGUGUCCAGUAGUUUAUACCAAUCCUGUUUGUGGAUCAGAUGGUCACACAUACUCAUCUCAGUGCAAAUUAGAGUAUCAAGCCUGUGUCUCAGGAAAACAAAUCUCAGUGAAAUGUGAAGGACGUUGCCCUUGCCCUUCUGAAAAAUCCACAAAUGCAGCCAGAAGUGAUAGGAGAGUGUGCAGUGACCUGGAAUUCAGGGAAGUAGCGAACAGAUUGAGAGACUGGUUUAAGGCACUUCAUGAAAGUGGAAUUCAGAAUAAGAAGACUAGGAUUGUUCAAAGGCCUGAAAGAACCAGAUUUGAUACCAGUAUUUUGCCAAUUUGCAAAGACUCCCUUGGCUGGAUGUUUAAUAGGCUUGAUACGAACUAUGACCUGUUGUUGGACCAGUCGGAACUCGGAAGCAUUUACCUUGACAAGAAUGAGCCAUGCACCAGGGCGUUCUUCAAUUCUUGUGACACAUACAAAGACAGUUUGAUAUCUAACAAUGAGUGGUGCUACUGCUUCCAAAGACAGCAAGACCCACCUUGCCAGACAGAACUCAGCAACAUUCAGAAGCAGCAAGGAGGAAAGAAGCUCCUAGGGCAGUACAUCCCCUUCUGUGAUGAAGAUGGGUAUUACAAACCAAGUCAGUGCCAUGGAAGCAUAGGGCAGUGCUGGUGUGUUGACAGAUACGGUAAUGAGGUAACAGGAUCCAGAACAAAUGGUGCAGCAGAAUGUGCUGUCGAUUUAGAGACUUCAGGUGAUUUUGCCUCUGGCGAUUUCCAUGAAUGGGCAGAUGAUGAAGAUGAUGAAGAUGAACUAAUGAAUGAUGAAGAUGAAAUUGAAGAUGAUGAUGAAGACGAAGGAGAUGAUGAUGUUGAUGAUGACGAUGAUCAUGAUGGAUAUAUUUGAUGAUAUUAGAGGGUCCAUGUAUUGUACCUUUCUAAGUUUCAUGAGAUGACAUUUCAUAAAAUCCCUUUGCUCUCUGUGAUCAAAAGGGUACUAACAAAUAUGUAUAUUUUGUAUGAUUAUUUCAAACAUUGCAGCUGGAGUCAUAGACUUUUUUGUUUAAAUAAGAAUAAUUAUAUUAUG